AUGGCGUCAAGAAUUUUAAAAAACUAUUUAUCGAAGGUGGCUGGACUUGGCAGUCACCGUUAUCAGGCCUUGCACUUUCACGGAUCGCCUCUUAACUUGAAAAGCUGCUCUGAGGUGACACACCAGUAUUACACAAGGCUAGCCCGCACACAGGACCACGAGGCGAUAAUGAACGUGAUGUGCGAUACAUACUUGAAGUUCGAACCCUCCAUAGUGAACAUUGGACUUUGCGGGAUGGAACUUCCCACCCUAAACCUCAUGAUUCGCAAGGGGAUGAAAGAGGGCAUGACCAUUGUGGCAGUUCGUCGGGAUGACGAGGCUGUCAUCGGAGCAGCGGUAAACACCGGGUCGUGUCGUUGGAACCCCGAUCAUCUUCUGCGGUUUGCAAACUGCUGCCAAUGCGGCAGCAUUCGGGAUCUGCUGAGGUUCUACGCUUUUGUGACAGCGACGCCUCAGCUCUGGCAGAAGUACUGCAUCCUCAAGAUAUUCGAAUGCACCUACGUUACGGUCGCUACCGAGUAUCAGGGGAACGGGAUCGCGAAACGUCUGAUUCAGGACAGCUGGUAUCUCGCCAGGGACUGUGGCUACAGGUACACGGCCAAGGUGGCGGAUGGAUUCAGGUGGGAACGCGUGUGGAGCUUACCGUUCGAUGAAUACAGGUGGAAUGGUGAGGUGGUCUUCAAACAUAUUCAAGAGCCGCACACAAGGGUCGACGUCUACGUCGACCAGGUACGCGUAUAUAACCACGCAGCGUUCUGGGUAGUAAUUAAACUUCACAACAUCUCGGCUUACUUCAAUCUCUGGUCGCAAUUACACCGACCAGCUGUUGACUUAAUAACGAACGAAGUCUGUACCAUGUGCCGCGAUACGCCGGAGAAGAAGACCUUGCUAAGGGGCAAAAGUGGGGUGGAAAGCCGCGUGUCAGCUAGGCGGCGAGCCUUCUGGUUAAGGGCUUUCCAGUUCCGUUGGUAA